AUGCACAUCAGCUCGAUCGGACGUGAGCAUCGGUACACGUUCUGCGUUGCGUGCGUAAGUAACCAAAAAUGCCCUGCUUUCAUAAAGAUAUAUUUCUUCCAGAGAUCGUUUCACGCGUGUUUGGUUCGAUGGUACAGCACCGCUGGCGAUGGCUCGAAAUUUCCCAAAAAUGUUAUAGAACACCUCAACACCUCACAAGAACAACAAACAAACGGUGUAAUCUAUGAUAAGAAACCAUUCCGGAUUGACCUAGAAGAAGGAAAGCGAUACUCUUGGUGCCUUUGUGGUCGUUCUAAAGGUCAACCGCUAUGUGAUGGAACCCACAAGCUAGUGCAAUACAAAAUUACGCAGCGACCGGUGCGUUUUCAAGUUGAGAAAACCGGUACCUAUUGGUUGUGCAAUUGCAAACAAACCAAACGUCGCCCAUUUUGCGAUGGAACGCACAAGUGUGAGGAAGUCCAGAAAACCUCGGGAAAAUAACACGUCGCAUUUUUUACUUCUUGUUUCUGCCAGCGUGAUAGAUUCUUCUACUCUGAUGUUACGUCGGAAAAGAAAUUUUCGCGA